GUCUUGUGUAAAUUGUAAAUUGAUAAAAAACCAAAAAAAAAUGGCGGAAUUUUGCUCACCGAAAGGCAGAUGCCCAUUGGCAGUCAGACGCUCGAACAAGACCAAAGAGCCGACCUUUCGGAACACGCUGACCGUGGGAAACCUCAAUGUGCGCUGCUCCACGCCCAUCUUGGGCCACGUGCGAUCGCCCAAUUUGUCACCCAUUAAUGAUGUGCGCACGGUGAUAAGUCCAGCAUCUCCAAUGAUUUUUAGAAAAUUGAAUAAACAACAAGAUAAAAAGUCGGCAGCUAUGGCAAAGCAAUCAGGAAAGAAGAGCAAUGGGAAGGAUGAAGAUACCAACAUGAGUUUGGACAACUUCUUGGAUGACUCAAGUACCGGCACCCCGGAAACAUCAUUGUGCCGGGAGACGCGUCGUCGUUCGUUGCAAGCUACGAAUCACUCGUUUGUCCUCAAUCAUGCCACCAAUGUGAAGGAAGUGCUGAUCCUUGUCGGCCUGGAGACCUAUCUGGAUAAAUUCGAUGCAUCGCAUAUGGAUCUGAUCGAUUUGGUGUCCAUGAAACGUGAUGAUCUCAAAAGAAUAGGCGUGCGCAAGGAUGAAGACUGCAAUCGCAUACUAGAAGCCCUCAAUGAUAUCUGAUCUUUGUAUUCCCAAAGCUGUCAAGCUAUCGCCGGCUGAUCCGCUUGCCAAGCUAUCCAGCAUUUUUAUAUAUCUAUUAAGAAUUAAAUCGAAAUUUUUGUAAACAACGGAAUAAAUUCCAAU